GCGAGUCACUCGGAUGGCCGGGGGCCGCCAUUUUCCUCCAGCGAGGGAGACAGUCGCGAACGUAGUUCCGCGCAUUGUCGACCAAUUUUUUCGUCGAAUCGAGGGAUUUUCGCGAACAACUGGGGCGUCGGGCGGGCGCGCGUGACCCCAGAGCCCGUAUCCGAGCGAGUAUCGUUCCACGGGAGGCUGAAAGUCACCCGUGGACGUCGCGAGAGCCGUGUGAAUCGGAAUACAGAGUCAAGGCGCCGCGCGUAUACCCCCGAUCGAGACACAUCGUAAGAACGCCGUGUGAGAGAGUGAAUAGUUUGGUGAUCGCAGUGUAGCCGGUGAAAAUACACGAGUACCCAGGAGUACCGUGGACCGAGGAAUACAGGGAGAAUCGCCUCUGACAGGAGACAGUGUUCAACAAGCCGUGAUGCGUUGGAGGUUCGGCGGUCCUUGUCCAAAAACCGACCAGAAAUCAGUGUUACAGAAGCAAUUUGUGUGACGAAGCAUAAAAGUGCAAAAUUGUAUUUUAAGACAUACUCAGAGGCUUCCUUGUCAGUGGACUAUAGGACUUCCUUGGAAGAAAGCAGACAUUCUUAGUGACACUGAAAGUACAAGUGAAAAACAUAAAAAUUGGGGGGGCUGUUUGACCGAUGGACAAACGGAAGAUGAUGCCCAAACGCCCUCGAAUUGAUAACCUGAGGGGUCCUAUUGCAAAUGGACCCAUUCAGACACGACCAUUAGUGGCUUUGUUAGAUGGUCGAGACUGCUCUAUUGAAAUGCCUAUUCUCAAAGAUGUCGCAACAGUGGCCUUCUGUGAUGCACAGUCUACAUCAGAAAUUCAUGAAAAGGUAUUAAAUGAAGCAGUAGGUGCAUUAAUGUGGCACACUAUAAUUUUGACAAAAGAAGAUCUCGAAAAAUUCAAAACAUUACGGAUCAUUGUAAGAAUUGGAUCUGGGGUAGAUAAUAUAGAUGUCAAAGCAGCAGGGGAACUUGGCAUCGCUGUGUGCAAUGUGCCUGGAUAUGGUGUUGAAGAAGUAGCUGAUACUACUCUUUGUCUCAUUCUAAAUUUAUAUCGACGUACAUAUUGGUUGGCAAACAUGGUACGUGAAGGAAAAAAAUUCACAGGUCCAGAACAGGUCAGGGAAGCUGCAACAGGAUGUGCAAGGAUACGGGGCGAUACACUUGGUAUAGUUGGGUUAGGUAGGAUUGGUUCUGCAGUUGCCCUGCGUGCCAAAGCCUUUGGCUUCACUGUCAUCUUUUAUGAUCCCUACCUACCAGAUGGAAUUGAAAAAUCUCUUGGUCUUAACAGGGUCUACACAUUACAGGAUUUGCUAUUCCAGUCAGACUGUGUAUCCUUGCAUUGUACCUUGAACGAGCACAAUCAUCACCUAAUUAAUGAAUUCACCAUCAAACAGAUGAGACCUGGCGCCUUUUUAGUCAAUACAGCAAGGGGUGGUCUGGUUGAUGAUGACGCAUUAGCCGCAGCGUUGAAACAAGGCAGAAUUCGUGCAGCAGCACUUGAUGUACACGAAAAUGAGCCAUACAACGUUUUUCAGGGUCAGUCCUCGCAGUGCCCUUUGAAAGAUGCACCCAAUCUGUUGUGUACGCCACACGCAGCAUUCUACAGCGACGCAAGCUGCACCGAACUUCGUGAGAUGGCAGCCAGUGAAAUACGGAGAGCUAUCAUUGGUCGCAUACCUGACUGCUUACGAAACUGUGUGAACAAGGAAUACUUCCUUUCCUCGACCGGCAGCUACCCUGAGGGGAUCAACGGCGGAUACUAUUCCGGGGGGCUGCCCGUUCAACAGGCGCAUUCAACGACUCCUCACGAUUCUGCACCCCCACCUCCUGGUGGACAUUCCGUCGUCGGCGGCGGUGGUGGUGGGGGUGGUGGCGGACCAAACUCCUCUGCAGGCGGUGCAGGCGCCGGGGGUCCUACAGGCCCCACGGGUCCAACGGUAGGCGGCGGUGGGGCUGGAGGCCCUACUUCAGCUCCUCCUACUGCUGGAUUAACCGGUAUACCACACAGCAUAGUGAGCGAGCCUGACCCCCGGCCAAGCCCACCUGCACCGAGCCCUCGUUGACCUUGAACCCCCGACGUCCACUCCAGCACCACCCUCCGAUCUAAUUUCCCUUAGCCAUUCACACACGACCUCCGACGACAAAUGGCCGAUUGACUAACGUGUGUUGUGCACGAUGUGCCCCAAAAAUCUGUCCGCUGCUUCCGAGGAACUCGAGGGAAUCCAUCCUUGAGAAAGAGUGAAAUGAGAAAACGGGGGGUAGGCGGGAAGAAAGAGCGAGAGAGCGAGAGAGAAAGAGAGAGAGAGAGAGAGAGAGAGAGCAAGAUAGAGAGAAAGAGAUCGUAAGGGAGAGAGUGAGUGAGAAGAAUAGAAAGAGUAAGGUUUGCCUUGCUCGAGUUGCUGAUGUGCGUGCGUUAAAAACGUGUGUUCUUCGGAGUGUACACGUGUUUUACGCACGUAUCAGCGUACAGUAUGUAUGCCCUGUAUGAAUGACGCGCGCAUGUAUGGUGAGCUUGAGUCUGCGUUUGGUGGACUCCUGGAAUAGUGCAUUUGAUGUAACAUUGUGACCAAACCAAAUACAGUUGGGCAGUAAUGAUGACGGCUUAUAAGAUGUCGUGGCUAAAGGAGGAAAUAACAAACGGUGGGUAAGAAUUCUCUAUGUCGUAAUUUUGUAUAAUUCACUUCAUACUUAACCGCACGUGACUUUAGACAACGCAAACGAAGAUAAAAAAGAAAGAGAAAAAGAUGAGGAAAGUGAAUUUUCAUUGAUUUGUUCUUUUUUUUAUAUUUUAUUUUAUUUUGAUUUUUUAUCAGGGUUUAAUUAAACUUUGAUCGGUAAAGAUUGGUAAUUAGUUCCUCGAGCCCAUGAUCAGUUCUUCCUUUUAUAAUGAUACCUGCAGCAUCGAGAAGUACAUUGGCUAGUCAUAGAGUACAAAUCAAACAUGGGUGAACAUUGCAACAUCUGGCACAUAGUUGAAAAGCAUGUUAAUACGAGUUUAGCCUAAAUAUCCUGUAUAAGUUUUAUCAAUGAUAUUUCUCUUCCAGUUAAAUAGGUUUAACGAGACGUAGGGAAUAAACUGUUCCAGAAUUUUUUAUUUUGUACUUGCAUUAGUUCCAUUUGUAAUUUUUGCGCUACAUAAUAGUUUAGUAUUCCAUAAACAUCUAAUACUAUAAAUAAAAGGAAAA